AUGAAUAAAAACUUCGAUGCUGAUCUUGAAGAAAUGUCAAAUGAAUCAGAUCCACCCGAUUUCUUUGGAUCAAUCUACACAUUGGAAAGGAGGAUGCGAGGAUCACCAAGACUUAUCCUUUCGAGAACUUUUCCCUCGGAUUCCUCAACACCGAUCACUCCACCCACGAACUUUCCACAAAAGUGUUCGUGUAGAUAUUUGUGGAGAAAAGAGUUGCACGGUCUUUCACAACUCAUGAUGGUGAAAUCCUUGUCUUUUCCCAAUUUGAUUUUUUGUCCGAACAGUCCCGAUGCGGUUCAUGUUGAAGAUAUUGUAAAAGAUAUGGAAACGAGAUUGGGUGGUCAUCUAAAUGGCACCUACAAGGAUCUCUUGAAAUAUUUCAUUGCCGGCUCCGGUUUUGAUUAUGUGUACAUUGAUCAGUUCUCUGAUGAAUACAAAAGAAAUCUUCAAAUGAACUACGAGAUUUGGCGUGGGAAUCGCUCAACAUUGGAUCUAUUCAAAUUCGUUUUUGAAGAGAAUUCAAUCACAUGCAAUGAGUUUUUCCAACAAUGCACUCAAGGGUCGUUAAACGCAAACUGUUGCGACAUCUUUUCACCGACGUUUGUGAUGCUGCGGGGAAGAUGUUUCAAGCUUAACGGCUACAACCAAAAUGACGCGGACGAGUUAGCCAAGCUUAGGCUCUUCAUCAAAAACAUUCCCAGCCCACUCGUCAACGAUAAUCAUUUCCAGUCAAAUGUGAUCAUGUUUAUUGGUGAUGAGAAUAUUGAAACGUCGACAUUUCCUCGUUAUUAUCUCAAUCCAAACUCAUGGAACAAAUUUCGUUUCAACUCCCGGUUGAUUAUAAGUCUAUCGGAUAAUCCACGUUGUUCGAUUUUACCAAGAAAUAGAGGUUUGUAUACAUGCUAUGUGUAUGAGUACAUCAAAGAGAGCGUUGUCGGCAAAUACAACUGCACUCUACCAUAUUAUAAAGAAACGCUUGAUUAUGUUUAUUCCGUUCCCGUUUGUAAUGUAUCAACAGUAAUCGCCAAUUAUAGUGACAUAAAAUGGCCGAGAUUGGAAAGUGUCUUCCAUCUUGCUCUCGCCGAGAAAUUUCAAUCGACUGGACCUCGGCGCCGGACGAUCAAAUUGGAGAGAAAUCUUAUGGUUACCGACUUGAGCUUGCUUUCAAUGAGCUACAAGUGC